AUGAAGCCUCGAUGUUCGGAUUACAGUUACAUCAAUGUGAUGUACCAUACUCAAUCUAAUGCUACGGAUGAGCGUCAGUCAUUACGGGAGUGGGUGACGAUAUUAAAUAAGCGAUUAUGCUUGUGGGUGAUGCAGCAAAAUGCGUCGUCGGACACCCGUGCGUUACGACCAUGUCCGGUGCUUGUGCGUCCUGUGUUUCCUACGGGUCGAAAUGUGGAGUGUGGAGAGCGGUUGAUACGUCGUGGCGAGAGAUUACAACGAUUGGGGCCAGUGGCGUAUGACCCUAAUUCUUUGGAUGGCGACGGCUGUCAUUGGGAUAGUCAGUUGGUUACCGAACAACUGAAGCAUGGUGACCUAAUAAUAGCUAACUAUGCCGACCAGUACCGCGCCCUUGCCGUCAAAUCAUCUCUUAUGUAUCGAGCUGUCGCCGAUUGUUCGCCUGAAUGGACUGCAGAAUUUGCCGGAUUGAGCGGCGCUCGUCCCACACUUUUGCCCAAUGAUGAAAUCUUCCGCCACGUCGACUUUACCUACCCGCGAUGGUUCGUGAAGACUGACAGCGACAUGAUACUCAACCUACCAGCCGUCUUUCACUAUCUCAAGGCCUGGGACGCAAUAGACCUAUUCCGACAAAAUCAAAUCGAUAUACGUCAAGUACACUCACAGCUCGAAGCAAGACGACAACUUGAUCAGGCCGCACACGCAGAACGGCGACCUCCUCCAUCGGGCGUUCCAUCGGGGGCUGUGCAACGUGCUAGUCUGACACCGGAGAUCAUGAUGUCACGAUCACGCCGCGUUCACUUUUGGCUUGGUAAAAGACAGCGGGACAAUGGAGUGAAGCGUGACCCCACCCAUAAAAAUCGAGAAGAGGUAUGGAUGUUAAAUCAAUACCCACCUUAUACAUAUGGCAGUUUCUACGCUAUGACUGAUCAUCUACUUGAGGCGGUGGCGGCAGCAUAUGUUCAGAACCGUACGGCGUAUAGCAAUGAAGAUACGCAACUUGGCAUUAUCGUGGACAAGCUCAACCAUUGGCCGACAGAAAACAAAACGCAGUGGGAUUUGGACGUCGUCGGUAACCUUUCAGGCAUCGUUCGUCCGCAACAUGAAACACAUAUCGCAUCAAUACUGCGCUUCGAACAACUUCAGAGCGCCUGCGGCUCAGAGUUCUUCCUCGAUCCCGCCGCCGAGGCCAAACUCCUGGCUGCCGCCAAAGGCGCUCCCGUCCGGCUUCCAAGAAAGUACGCCAGACGGCCGCGAAACCCAAAUCAAAAAAUCGUUUCCAGCAUCGCACAAUGCGACUGCAACCGCUGGCUCGCAUCCUUCCGGACCACCAAAGACGACUCUGUUGACAUGGAAGACGCCGUUGUCAACUGCCCCAUUCAAGACCACUGGCUAACACCCCUCCUUCAAAUCAACCAGGUCUAG